AUGCUCUUCGGAACAGCCACGGUUUUUGUUUCUCUCCUCCUGCCAUCUCUUGGCUUUGCUCUUCCGCGGCCCCAGAUCGCCGACGAUGCCUUGGCCACGUUUGCAAAAAGGGCAACACCCGUUGAAUCCUUAGCGGCAGGCUUUGCUGAGAUCGAAGCCAGCAAAACAGAAGUCUCUAUUGCAGCAGUGGAGUCGGUCCGCAAUGACCUCAUAGACGGCGGCUGCGAUGACAUUAUCGUCAUCUUUGCUCGCGGGACAUCAGGCGAGGGAAACGUUGGAGCCGCAACUUCAGUCGGCCCAAUAUUUUUUGGGAACUUGUCGGCCGUUGAGCCGGGGAAAGUCAUUGUGCAGGGGGUCAAUGACUACCCGGCGGACGUCUGGGGAUAUCUGGGAGGGGGAUCUGACGACGGUGCUCAAUAUAUGGCGGAAAUGGUCAGACUGGCUUCCGCACAAUGCCCUAAUUCUAAAGUUGUUCUUUCUGGGUUUAGCCAAGGUGCACAAGUUACGCACAAGGCGGGAGCACUUAUUCCAUCAUCACUCUACUCAAAAGUUGCAGCAAUCGUGCUUUUUGGCGACCCAAACAACGGCGACGCGUUCCCUGGUGCUCUGAACAAUAAUGUCAAGACUUUCUGCCACGAUGGUGAUUACAUCUGCGAUGGACUUCCCAUUAUCACCGAUCAACAUGGUAACUAUGCAAAUGAUGCGCCGGCGGCUGCGGCAUAUGUUGCUGCCAGAGUUUAA